UGGGCACGAGCAAAUGGUUCACUUCAGCAGGAAGUCAGCAUCUGAGGGCCAACGCUGCCCACAUGGCAGAGCCAUCCUCUCACAGAGGGCCCUCGGGAGCCCAAUUUGCAGCAAAUAAAUCAAACUGACAUUCCCAAAGGGGGCGGCAGCUUCUUUGCCCCAUAUGCAAGUCAAGGGGGAAAGGAGGCAGUCGGUAGUAUGCGAUUUAGGCACAAGCUGAGCUGUAGCUUACUUGGGGCCUCACAUUAUGAGUGGCCUCUGAACCAUGAUUUAAAACAUGACAACAUUUCAAGUUUCACAUAAUGCACUUUCAUGUCAAGGUAGUUCUCUAAUGCAGAUUGCAAGCUGACUGCUUUUUGGAGAUGCCCUCCUUUGGUUCUCACCUGCCUCUUGAACAGACCAUGCUGUGCUCAAAGGAACAGUAUUGGGACCAACUCACGCAGAAGUGCUCACCGUGCAGGGCUGUGUCGUGUCAUCCACCCAAGUUCAAGCAAUGUGCUGACAUCUGCAGCUCCAUGGACUGCAGUAAGCGGGCUGGUUUCUACUACGACACGCUCCUGAGAAGGUGCAUUGAUUGCUCUACCAUCUGUGGCCAGCACCCCCGGGAAUGCCUGCCUUUCUGCAGAACAGACUCGGCAGCCACCUUACCUGUGCCGGCUGCUUUCCAGUGCAAGCUCGACUCUGUGUGUGACCAACGGCUGAUCGUCUACUUGGUCGUGGGACUCUGCCUGUGCACCCUGCUUUUCUCCUUGCUGCUGAUGUGGAUUUCCUUCCGAAAGCAGGAGGUGGGGACCUGCCGGGCCAGAACCAUGGCGUGCCACAAAAUGGGAGAGAGCACCAAAGAUCGCCUAGUGGAAGCCGGAAGUAUGGGAAGCCAAUCCAGUGGCAGCCAGACCCCCGAGCCUGUCGAAACCUGCGGAUUCUGCUUCCCUGAACAAAGUCCCGCUGUUCAAGAGACCAGGGCAGGCCACAGGACUUACCCGCUUGGAGCCCACGGGGACGUCGCAGGAACCGUCCCUGCCUCCGAAGACAGCCGCUUCCCAAUUAUAUGCUCUCCCUCACAAGAGAAGAUGCAGGUGGCUUGAGUGGAACGACGAUGAAGCCCUCCCUCACACACCUGGAAGAAAGCUGCUUGAACUGUGCCGAUCUUGAUCCUACAACUCCCACAGAUGUGCCUGGCCUGACCAACCACCUUAUUCAGUCUGCAGAACCCAUCUCCGGGACUGUAUGGCUUCGGAGGCUUGCAUUUUUGAAUUUCCUCUGAGAACUCCCUGCCUAUAUGAGGGAGGGAGCCCUUCUCCAGCCUUGCCCUCUGCCAGAAAUACUAGCUGCUCACGUUAACCUUUCAGCUGCUUUAGGAAGCCCCCCCCCUUUGAUUCUAGAGUGGCAGGGGGGCACAGUGCAAGAGAGAAAGCCUGGUUAAUUUCCUGUAAUAAA